GUAAUUCACUGAGAGAAGACUUCACCUUCCGUCACUCCUUCAGCUCCGAAGUGACCAAACUGCUCAAAGCCUCGCCCGGUCAGAUCGUCAUCUCUCAUCCCGAAAAGUUCCGCUCUAAAUACGAGCCAGCAUCGCACACACUCGCAGUGGAGGACUCCACGGCGGUGUCGGAGGUGCAGGAUUUCUUCAAAAAGCACGUGAUUCCCCUGGUGGGCCACAGAAAACCAGCCAAUGAUGCCAAGCGCUACACCAAGAGACCCCUGGUGGUGGUUUACUAUGGAGUCGACUUCAGCUUUGACUUCAGGAAAGCCACGCAGUUCUGGAGGUCCAAGGUGCUCGAGGUGGCCAAAGACUUCCCCGAGUACACGUUUGCUAUCGGCGAUGAGGAGGACUACGCAGAGGAGCUGAAGAGCCUCGGCCUCAGCGACAGCGGAGAGGAAGUGAACGUGGGGAUUUUGGCCGAUGGGGGCAAAAAGUUCGCCAUGGAUCCAGAAGAGUUUGACGCUGACGUGCUGAGAGACUUUCUGAAGGCUUUCAAGAAAGGAAAGCUGAGCCCCAUCAUUAAGUCCCAGCCGCUGCCAAAGAACAACAAAGGACCCGUUAAGGUCGUGGUCGGGAAAACCUUUGAUGAAAUCGUCAUGGAUACCCAGAAGGAUGUCCUGAUUGAGUUUUAUGCCCCCUGGUGUGGCCACUGCAAGAAACUGGAGCCAGAUUAUGUGGCUCUGGGCAAGAAGUACAAGGGGGAGAAGAACCUUGUGAUCGCCAAGAUGGACGCCACGGCCAACGACGUGCCAAACGAGAACUACAAAACGGAAGGGUUCCCUACGAUAUACUUGGCCCCAAGCAACAGCAAGCAGAGCCCCAUUAAAUUUGAAGGGGGAGACAGAACUCUAGAGGGCUUCAGCAAUUUCUUGGAAAAGCACGCCACAAAGCUAUCGCAGAAAAGAGACGAACUUUGAAAGCCUCGAGCUAAGAACUCUCAACGCAGCGGAGAUACAAACGGUGUUACUGAGAUGCUGCGAUGAUUACAGUUCAAUAUUAUUUUUUUGUUUUGUUUUCUGUUCAUUCCAAGGGAUUCAGCUUUCCUAUGUUUCUGAAAAAAAGCAUGUAAGCACUGUUGAGGAUUCCCAUCUUUUUAAAUAAAAGAAUGGCGGCUCUGUAGGCCAGCAC